AUGGCGGCUCCGAGAGCUUCAGCGAUUUCGAAGUUGCACCCGCAACCAAGUGCAGAUGAGACAACUCUCGCCAAGCUAGGAUACAAGCAGGAGUUUCACAGGGAAUUCACUUCGCUAGAGGUAUCUGGACUUGCAUUCAGCUAUAUCGGAGUGGCUCCUUCAAUAGCCUCCGUACUCUUCUAUGCCAUCCCAAAUGGUGGGCCUUUCGCGAUGGUUUGGGGUUGGGCAGUUGCUUGUCCCUUUAUUAUGUGCAUCGGGUUGGCGAUGGCAGAGCUCGCAUCAGCAGCACCUACUUCUGGCGGGCUAUACUAUUGGACUUACUCGCUUGCUUCUCCACGAUGCCGUAAUUUUCUUUCUUGGAUAGUCGGCUAUUCAAAUACUGUAGAGAUUAUCACGGGAGUCGCUUCCGUAAACUGGGCUUGUGCAAUUCAAAUUACUGCAGCAAUCAGUAUUGCCUCCUCUAACCAGGCAUAUACGACUACCAACCAGCAACUCUAUGGUAUAUACGCAGCUUUGGUUUUAUCACAUGCUGUCCUCGUGAGUUUCGGUACCAAAGUUUUGGCAAGGCUACAGAGACUGUACACGUUGUUGAGUGCGAGCCUUUGCUUCAUAAUCAUAAUUGCGCUUCCGAUCGCAACGCCACCAGAUUAUCGAAACAGCGCAAAUUUUGCGCUAGGGGAUUUCACCAAUUUAGCCGGCUGGCCAUCCGGAUUCACAUUUAUUUUGAGCUUAAUGGCUCCUCUUUAUACAAUAGGGGGUUAUGAUGCUAGUGUUCAUAUGAGCGAGGAGGCCUCAAAUGCCGCUACUGCAAUACCAUGGGCAAUCGUCAGUUCCAUUGCUAUAUCGGCCGUCUUUGGUUGGGGAAUCAACGUCUGCCUUGCCUUUUGCAUGGGCACUCAUGUUGGCAGCCUCUUAAGUAGCCCUAUAGGGCAGCCUAUGGCGCAGAUCUUAUACAAUUCGCUCGGGCAGAGAAAGGCCCUGGCUCUAUGGUGUCUCAUCAUUUCAACAGGGUACAUGGUGGCAUCGAACUGCCUCCUGGUCGGCUCUCGCCAAACGUUCGCAUUUGCUCGUGAUGGCGCCCUGCCUUUUUCACGGUAUUUGUACCGGAUCAAUCGCUACACAGGAACACCCGUCAAUACAGUUUGGUUCGACAGCAUCUGCGCUCUGGCGAUUGGUCUUUUGUCGUUCGUGAGUAUCGAAGCCAUCAAUGCGGUGUUCACAAUUUCUGUAACCGCAUCGUAUAUCGCUUUCAUUACGCCGAUCACAACCCGCUUUGCGUUCAAGAAUGAUUUCAAACCCGGCCCAUUUCAUCUGGGGAAACUGAGCUUUCCAGUCGCUGUGAUCGCUGUGGUGUGGAUGGUCUUCACGAUCGUUGUUUUCUGCUUUCCCGCGACCCCGCAAACAACGACACAACAAAUAAACUAUACAGCUGUGGUACUUGGAGGGUUCAUGUUUCUGGCGAUUUCCUGGUAUUAUUGUCCGGUGUACGGAGGCGUACAUUGGUUCGAUGGACCCAUAUCCAACUUUACACCGGUCAUCAGAGGUGAAAACAGAGAUGAGGAUUCGAUGUCGGAGUCGGAGAAGAAGGAACAACGUGACACUGAUAUCUCCGUUUUAGCGGCGGAUGUAUAAGUAAUGCCCGUAUACCAUCUGAAGUCAUCAGUAUACACGGAUGAUACAUAUGUAAUUCAAC